AUGCCGUAUUCAAAAACAUCGGCCAUGGUCGAAACGUUGACAAAACAUCUACUAUUUGAGAGAAUAUUACCGAUUUUACCUAUCGAAUCAUCACACUCAACGUACCUACAAGUGGAAGCAGAUCGUUUCUAUAGAUCCUGUAGAUCAGUGGUGCUGAAUGUUGCAGUUUCCAAAGGUUUAAAUGCAAUCACAGAACAAAUAUUAAACCUUAUUGAUGCCAUAGUAAAGGAUGGUACAAUAAUCGACUCAAAUAUUUCGGAUGAUGCUAUCCAAUCUGUAUUGACCAUACUGAGAUUAUUAAGUGACACCAUGGAAUAUUUUUGGGAUAACAUUGAAACACACGGGAAUACUAAAGUUAAACAAGAACAGGAUGAAACAAGAUACAAGGCUUAUUCAGGGUCCGUCACAGGGUUUUCUAUCAACAGAUCUGGAUUUCAUAGGACACCUCCAAAUUUAAUUGAUACUAAAUUAGCAACGAGAUUGAUAUCUACUUGUACGAGAGUGAAGUUUAACUCAAGAACGCUGGAAAUUUUGGAAAACAUGGCUUGCUAUGUCUAUGAAACAGAUUCUUCAUUCACCUCCACAAUUCUACCAGAUUACCAAACUUUUCUAAAGAAGAAAAACUAUCCAGAAUCUACAAAAAUGGUGGAUGUAACAAUAAACCAUAUCCUGAGAUUUGUUGCUGCAUCAAAUCCAGAUGAGUUUUUCCAAUAUAUCUAUUCAAAUAUUCAUGAACCAUUAUUGACAAAUAGGACCAAGACCGAGUUUCAAGUUGUUCAAUACUUUGAAAUGUUCGGUUGUUCAUACAUAACAACAAUUAAUUUGCCCAAAUAUUUACAAUUGGUUAAAGUGUUGUCCACAGGCAUGAAGAAGACAAUAUUCAACUGUCUCCUGUUAUUCUUUGCAUCAAAGUCACUGAUGUUUUGGUUUAUGGCAAGGCCUAAUGAGUAUGUAGAACUAUAUCGAAUACUCAAGAAACAUUCAGAAAAAAAUGAAGCAUACGUUAAAAAUUUGUCUUCAAGCGUCAGUGAUCUUUUUGAAAAGAUAUAUUCCACUUUCAACGUCACAAGCUUAUUAUCAAAUAUCGAUUACGACAUAAACGACAACCACUUAGUAUCUUCUGUGAAGAAGAAGUCUAGAGCCAGCUCAUUCGAUACUGGUUCAGACAGGUCAUCCAUAUCCAGCUUAACUGCUCCUGAUGUGGCAAUAACUAAUAGACCUGCAUCGAUAUCAAGUGUCUCACUCUCAGCAACUUCCCUAUUAUCUGGAUCUGACAAAGACUUGCUUGACCCUAGACAAAGCCCAAGAAUGAAUUUCCAAUAUAACAAUAUUUCAAUGGGGACCCGAAGUAAAUCAAGAGAUGCUAACGAAGAUAUGCCCCAUUUGGAAAGCAUUUUGGAAAUAUACACGUAUUUCGAAGACACAGAAAAGCUACCUCAUACUGCCGUCCUUAGGUUCCUAGUUAUGUUGGUGAUGCUAGUCCCCGAUGUGUUUGUUGAAUUGAAUUCACAAUCUCUCGAAAAAAUUUCAAGACCAAAUAUAAUAUCUGGUAAAGAAGACACACUGGAAAAACCAUCAAACAUUAGACAAAUAACUUCCGGCUUGAAAAAACUAACAACUUUACAACUAUCCAAGAAGCGUACUGUGAAAUUCCUUACGAUUUUAGUUAAAAAUAUAAAUGGGACCCAACCAGUUUCUGAUGGUCUCCUAUUGGAUUCAAUGAGAACCCUUCUAUCACUGGUCACAGUAACAUCAUCAGUUUCAUUGAUUGAUAGCGAAAUUCCUCCAGUAAUCUUUUCUAAACGAAUGAUAGAUCUUUUGGGAGCAAAUUUAAAGUGUGGUAGUUCGUGGAAGAUUCGUCCCAGUUUAACACUAACUAAUUGUCUUAAAAGGAAUCCGGCAACUCGAGACCACUUGAGGUUGAAGUAUUUUUGUGCAGCUCUUCAGUUCGAUCACAUUAUGUUUUUGUCAAAACUUAACAUUAAUAAGACUGUUGAAUCACUGGAUCUAGAUGAAAGAAUAUUUUACACAGAAGGAUUCAGAGUGUUUUUCCAUUUACCGAGCUCUACUCAACUACGUAAGGAAGUUGCUGAUUUAGCUUCUGAUUUUCUAAAAAAUCUGUUUUGUACAGCAUCAGAUAUCUUAAUGGAGGCAUUUCCUUAUUUUAACGAUAAGAUCACCGAUAUUAUUUCGUCAAUCGUUGAUGGUACCAUUUUGGAAGAAUUUGGAACUAAAAAGUUGUUCAAAGAAAGUUCCUCCUCUUUGGAUGCAUCGAUUAGUUCCACUUCACCAUCACACAAUUCAUCACCUUCUUUAUUGAGUCCUGUUUCGACAGAUCAAGAAGAUAAUACUCAGCAGCCUUUCUUAACAACAUCUUUACUUGCGAGACUUUCUGAUUCGCAUUCCAGUACUGGUAAUACGUCAAGUCCGUCUUCUAACACCACUUCAAUUGGAAAUGCAACAAGUACUACACCCUCUGCCACAGAAUUACCAUUUUCACAAUCUCUUUCACAGAGGGUUCCUCCAAUAUCUAAAUCGAGUCUAUCUAGGAAUCUAUCGGGAUCGUCCCAGAUUAUUGCACCAUCGCCUGUCAAUAUAUCUUCUUCUAUGAUGACAUUAACAAAUUCAAUGCCGGCAGCUCCUGGAAACAAGACCCCAACUCCAACUCUAACAGCUAACAAACUGAGAAGAUAUUCAGAAGAAAGCAACUAUAACUUCAAUGGUUUAGAUAUUAAACCUGUUGAAAGUAGCGUUUCCUUAGAAACCAAAGAAUCUAGGAGGGCAAGAAUGAUUUUGAUAAAUAUCUUUAGCAUCUUUAAAAAAAUGAUAAACUACUUCAUCUUGCCCCAUGCAAGAAAUUCCGAUCUGCUCUGGAUUUCAAAAGACUUCAAGAAUAUCAUCAAGCCAAUUUUUGUUUCCCUGAUAGACUCGGAUGAAUCAUUACAGAAUACUGCUAGAUCGUUCAUGGAUGGCCUCUUGAGUUACAUUAAGGACCUUAGUUCAGAUACUUCGACAAUUACUGUGAGCGGUUAUUUUUUAAUUUGCAGCUACACAGCGGCUUUAUUUUCUAUGGGGUUAUUCGACUUGUCUAUCGAAAACCAUAAACGUGGAGUUUUAUUAGAUAUUGUUGUCAAGUUUUUGCAACUCCGCUCAUAUUUAGGCAAAGUCUCUGAAAAUACCCAACACUUGGAGAGAGUUUUGGAAGCGGAACGUAAUACAUUCCCACUAAUUCUGGGUUCAGUCGGAAGAGCAACUUUUGUCUCUUUAUACGUAAGCAACCCUCUUCUCCAAAAAAACCUAAAACUGGCAUAUCGUGAAUAUCUAACUGCCAUUAGAUUCCAUUUAAAGCAUAUUGGAGAAUUUGACAAAACUUUUAUCUGCAAUGUACCUUUCAUUGAAAUGAUGGCUAGUGACACAUUUGCAUCUGCUGGUUCCGUUGCAUUUCAACGUCGUGUAAGAAACAAUAUUCAAAAAUAUAUUUCACAACCUGACUCAGUUCUCUUGGAUUCGAUGCAUACAAUUUUUAGAAAGUGGUACUCACUAGCAUAUUCAACAAAUAGAUCAGAACAGGAAACAAUCGAUUUCAGAAACUUUGCAGGUAUAAUAGCAUCCUUAUCAGGCACUUUCAUGGUUCUUCAUAGUGGAAGAACAGAAGAAAUUCUUCCUCUAAAUGAAUAUCGCCAGGAUUUGAAAAAGAAGAUGAAUUACUUUAUUGCAAAACAAUGUGAAUGGCUUAAUGACCCUAAGUUAUUGACCAGAGAAAAUUCAAGAGAGAUUAUUAGCGUAGAAUUACACCCACUGUCUUUCAAACUACUAUUCAAUAAUAUGAAAUUAAGAUUGAAUCAAGUUAUGAUGACAGAACUGUCAGGAAGUGACGAAGAAUGUGUGUAUACGCUUUUGGAACAACUAAUCAUUACAAUUAGAACAAUUUUGUUGCGUGAUGAUACAGGUGAUCUUCUAGGGUUAUUUUCAAUAGAUAUAUUUGAAGUGAUAAAUCUGUUGAUAAUAAUGAUAAAGAAGAUACCUCAUGAUUCUCCUAAUUAUUUCAAGACGGUUAUUCAUAUGUCAAAAAUGCUGAAAGCAUUAGAACACUCUGAGGGAUACCUUGCUUUAGAACAUCAUUAUCAUUUGAAGAAUAGAUGGCUCCGAUUGGUAGUUUCUUGGUUCAAGCUAGCCAUAAGUAAAGAUUAUGAUUUAGUGAACCUUUCCAAAUCACAUAGAGAAAUGGAUCUAAAGAAGCGUGAUUCUGAUUUCUUGUACAUCGACACUGCUAUCGAAUCAUCUACCGCAAUUGCCUAUCUUACCACAAAUGUCCCACUAGAGGUGCCUGCUGCAGCGUCUGAGGAAGAAUGGAAAAGAUCAGAAACCGUUAUAUUUGGUAACUACUUCAACAUAUUAUUGAGAGGUCUCGAAAAGAGCAUGAAUUCUGAGAAGUUUCCAGCCUCACUCAGUCAUAAAAUGGGAAUGCUGAAUGAAAAUGUUAUCUUAGCUUUAACAAAUAUUUCUAACGCAAAUAUUGAUGCAAGUUUGCAAUUUACUAUACCGAUGGGUUAUUCGAAAAAUAGGAAUAUAAAGAUAGCAUUCCUUAAUGUGUUUGUUAAUAUCCUUUCCCAAUUUUCUUCCGAUAAAGAGGCUUAUGAAAAAGUCACUCGUGUAAUGGUAGAUAAAUUACUACUUUAUCUAAUAAAAUUUCCCCAACUAGUUCUUUGUGCAGCUAAAGUUUGCCCCGCCAACGACCUUGAUGCAUUCGCUGCUGUUGUUAUAAACGGGAUGGAAACCAGGAAUGCAGGACAUCUUUGUGUUUCUCAAUUGAUUCAAGAUGAAAUUAAAAAUGUAUCAAGACCUAUGGAUAUUUUAAGGAGAAAUAGUCCUGCAACGAGAGCCCUAUCUCUUUUAUCAAGAAAUAAGGCGAAUGACUAUCUUAUACACUGUCUGAACCCUGUUCUACAAGAAAUUGUUGAUAACAAGGAUAUAUUUGAAAUCGAGAAACUAGACCCAACUGAAGCCAACGCCGGAGAACAAAUAGCUUUAUUUAAAAAGUAUAUGACCAAACUGCUCGAUGCCAUCACCAGUUCAAUUUCCUACUUUCCUCCCGAAUUUUUCUUCCUUUGUCAGGUAAUAUAUAGAUCCACCAGGAAGAAGUUUCCGAACUAUGCUUAUGUCGCAGCAGGUUCCUUUGUAUUUUUGAGGUUGAUUUGUCCAGCCUUAGUUAGUCCCGAAACAGAAAAUAUUAUAGGAGCUGUGAAACCCACUCAAAGACGUUCCUUUAUAACGUUAGCCAAAAUCAUUCAAAAUUUAGCUAACGGAUCCGAAAAUUUGGUCAAAUGGCCAUCCUUAGUUACAGAAACUUCUUUUUUAAAAGAAUGUGGUUCUAGAAUCUUUGAUUUCCUCACCGAGGUAUGCAGGACGGACAGAGUUAUUGAUAUCGAUAUUAGAACUGAUCCCAAACUACAACCGUUCGACUUUAGCUUUCUCCACCGAUUUUUAUAUACAAAAGGGGUUGAAAUGAGGAAAGUUCUACUAGAGGGACUGCAAACGUUAGAUGAUGUUCGAUUCUUCCAGGAUACAUUUAAAUUGAUUGAUGAAUUAUUGGGGCAAGCGGGUUCUCCAAAGAUGGAAUACAAAAAUGAAAUUCCAAUAUUUAUUCGAGACCAUUUAGACGAGUAUCCACAACUUUAUGAAUUUAUGAGUAGACAUGCUUUCAAAAAUCACCAAAUUAGAAACAGUAUUCCGUUUGUCCACGAAUCAAUGUCUGUAGAAGGUGUUCCCAUUGUCACUUUGAUGUUUAAAGCAUUUGCUAGUCAUAAUAUAGAUAUGGAAGAUGUUGUCUUCAAAUUUAUUCAGAUAUACUCAAGAAUUUGGCUCUCAAAACAUUGUUUCGUAAUCGAUUCUACUGAAUUUCAUAGUACUGAAGUUGAUAGCAAAAAGCUAAGUGCAUUAUUAUCAAGCCUGAUACCUGAUGUCGCCUUAAAAAAUUGUGUCAAUUGCUAUCUCUUUAAUACAAACGAAAAUUUUAUGAAAUGCUUUUUGAGCAAUGUGGGGGACAAUCCUUAUAUGGUUGCCAAAAUACCACAUUUAUUCAUCAAUAGUAAUUCUGAUGAAAAGAUGGUAAAGUCCCUCGGGUUGGGAGGACGUGGCUUGAAUAUAUUACAAGACGUUCGUGUUUCUCUGCAUGAAAUAUCAGUCUAUGAGGAACAGACAAAGGAAUUCUCUCCUGUAACUUUGAAAAUAGGAAACAAAUACUUACAAAUGCUCCAUGAGACGCCCAGACAGAUUAAAAUACAGGGGUUACAUUCCCUAUUUGAUGUCAAAUUUAAUGAUGUUUUCGAAUUAUCAUCAAUCACAGCUGUCCAUGUUUCUUCAAUCACAAAUUCGACAAAAGAAUUUACUCUCAAUUUUAAUGAUGAAACCAAGCUCAUCUUCUCAAGUCCAAAAUAUCUUGAGAUUAUAAAGAUGUUUUAUUAUGCUCAGGCGCGGAUUGAAAACGAGUUUAAUGAUAGUGAUUUUGACUCUUCAAUAAUUUCGACAUCUUCAGAGAAAAGCAAUCAAGUGACCGAAAACAAUGAAAUAAUUGGUCAUUUAUUAUUAGUUGUAAUAAUUGGUUUGUAUGACGAAGAUGAUAUUGUCAAAAACAGUGCGUACAAUCUGAUUGCCGCAUGUAAGGAUGCAUUUGGUCUAGACUUCGGAACUGAAUUCAGGAAUGCCAUGGAACUUUACGUUCCUAACGACACGACGACGUUCUUAUCAUUGUUGGGAAAUUCGUUAGCAAAAGCUCACCCAGAGUUAACACCUUACAUGUGGAAAUAUAUUUUAGAGGGGCUAGAAUCGAAAAUUAUUAAACAUGAAGAUACUCCACAAUCCGUAUGUACCUUGUCCUACUGGAUAUCAAAUUUAUAUGAACAUGUUUAUUUGAUGGAUGAUGAGGAUGGUCCUGAACGGGUCUCUACAAUAUUCAGAACGUUGAUUAGGCUUACUGUGGCAGAUACCACUGUAUAUUUAAACCAAAUAUGGUCUCAAAUUGGUGCGGAUGAUCGUUUAAUACCUCUUCUCACUGACGAAAUUAUCAAUCAUGCCCUUGAGAGGGAUUCUGAAAACCGUGAUUGGCAAAAGACGAUUUCUUUGUUGACUUCGUUGCCCACAGUUGAGGUCGCCUGUAAUAUCAUUCAAAAAUUGCUCAAUUUGAUUAGAUCAUUUUUACCUUCUCUUAAGCAAGAAGCUCUUACCCAAAGUUGGUCUGAAUUAAUGAUUUUAACCAAAGUAUGUAGUCAUGUGUUCUUCGAAGCACCUUUUAUGACACAAAUGUUUCUUCCUGAAAUCCUAUUUAUUGUAUCACUUCUAAUUGAUGUUGGACCUGGGGAAUUGCGCUCAUUACUGCACGAGUUAUUAAUGAACACAUGUCAUUCGUUGUCUAUCAAUGAGGCAUUACCGGCAGAUAGUAGAAGAAAUUUAGACGAGAUUGCAGCCGUAUUUUCGAGACAAAAAAUGAAGUUUAUGUUUGGUUUCAGCCAAGAUAAGGGACGUAUAUUGAAAAAUUUUAGUGCUUCUUCUUUUUCUAGCAAGUUUACCUUGUUAGAUUAUUUUACGACGAAUAUGAUGUCGAUAAUGGAUUAUUCAUCAACAACCGAGUCAGCGCAAUGGAAAACUAAAUUCAGGAAAUACCUAAAUGAUAUUGUAUUUGAAAACAAUUCAUUUUUAUCUGCUAGAGCUAUGAUGAUGCUUGGAAUUAUUGGGAAAACAUACACGUCAGAGUCAUUUUGUAGGAAUCUUUUAGGUGAGACUAUGAAGACCGUUGCAAACCCAGUGGUUUCUGAUGAAUUGAUUUUUGUAAUAAUUUCCCAAUUGUUUACGUAUAGCAAGAUUGUCGAAGGUUUGGACCCCUCACUGCCAUUAGUUAAGGAAAUGUUCUGGAUAGCUACUAUCUUUACCGAAUCUUCCCAUCCAGCAGUUUUUGAAGGAGGAUUGCUCUUUAUGAUUAGCUGUAUUGAUCGACUAUACAUGGCCCAUUUUAAUGACUCCAGCAGUGUCAACGGCAUGGUUAUAACUGAACUAUUAGAAUCAAGAAAAUUUGCUGAACCUUUGCUACUUAAACUUGAGAAUUUCACUUCUUUGAAAUGGAGCGAAAGAAAUUUUGUGCAUAUUAUGAUGGCAUUCAUCAUUAGAGGUCUUACAAUUCCAUUUGUGCAUGGUACGGCACUGAACUGUCUAAAAUCUAUGUUCAGAAACUCAUACUAUGAACACAUGAUGCAUCCGGAAUCUACAGAUUAUUUAAACUACCUGUUUUUGUUAUACUUGACUUUAACUCCUGACCAAUUAAGCCAAAUCCAAGAAGAAGUAGAAUUUGGAGAUGAAGUUGUUUGGCUGGAUAACAAUAAUAAAAUUUCGAAACUCGUUGCUAAUUUCUUAUCUUCUGAUACGAAUUCCUCGAAUAUUUCACUGUACCAAGGUGCGUUACUGUUUAACAAUAGUGUUACAGAUGAACCAAGCAAGGUAAGAUUUAUCUUAAUAUUAAAAUACUUAUUGCAAACAAAUUCAAUUUGUUUACUGAGAUUUUAUGAUGUGGUGAAGGAUGAAAUCAGAAAAAGUAUCUCUUUUGAACGUUUUUCGGAUUGCGUACCAAUAAUAUUCGACAUAAUGAGUGUCUUAGUUCUUCAUCCAAAGUUCAAUGAUACGGAGGCGUAUCACAAAGGGUCAGUUAAUUUGCUUAAAGAGAAAGGUCUGUACGUUGUUAGCACCAUGAAGUCUGCCGAACAUAAUUUCGGCAACCUAAUGAUGGGUAUAAGGGAAAAUGAAGACUUACUAUAUAAAAGAAAGAAAAUCACAGUUAUGAUCCUAUCUAGGGUAGCAACUCGUGGAUAG